GAAGCGGAGCAUGCAGAAAAAGCUCCGCAAGCCAACGGUGCAGCUGCUGCUCGGCGGGUUUUGAGGCUUCAUAGACAGCGAAGCUUGUUGCGGAUUACAAUGAUUGCCACAACUCAACAAAACAUGACCACGGAGCUGGACCUGGGGAGUUCAGACGGUCCCCCUCGAAACUGGAAGGGCAUAGGGAUUGCCAUGGUGGUGAUCCUGGCUGUUAUGUCUCUGGUCAUACUCUCUGUGAUCCUCCUCACGCCUGACGAGUCUCACCUAUUACUCCGCUCCCAUGUAACUAUGGAGGAUCUGGAAAGUGAAGAGUUCAAAGUUCAUAACCCCUGUGUGGCAUGGUUGAAUGAAAAUGAAGUGGCCCUGCACACCAGAGAGGGACAUGUUCUGACAUUCAGCCUCACCAACAACGUAACUACUAGUCUGCUGGACAACAGCUCACUGGACCUGACCUCUACUAAAUUCCAUGUGUCUGCAGACAAGAAGUUUGUCCUUUUGGCAUAUAACAUUCGACCGGUGUUUUCUCAGUCCUUCACAGCCUCCUAUGCUAUCUACAAUGUGGCUAAUGGGGAUCUGCUGGAGCUAAAUCCUCCAGAGGGGGAGAAGACAGAGCUACAGUAUGCAUCCUGGGGACCUCAGGGGAACCAGCUGGCGUAUGUGUUUGAUGGAGAUAUCUACUACAAGGCCAGCAUGACAAGCAAACCACUGCGUCUCACAUCCACUGACCAGGAGCAGAAUGUGGUGAAUGGGCUCUCUGACUGGACUUAUGAGGAGGAGGUGCUUUUGACGUACACUGCCCACUGGUGGUCUAUGGAUGGUGCACGGCUGGCUUACCUCCGCAUCAACAACUCUGCUACGCCUGUGAUGGAAAUACCUCACUUCUUAGGUGGCCUCUAUCCAUCCAAUGUACUCUUCCCCUACCCAAAGGCUGGCUCUAGUAUCCCAUCAGUCAGUCUGUUUGUGGUGAAUCUGUAUGGUCCAGCUCACACUCUGGAGAUGAUGCCUCCCGACUCCCUCGGGGCCAGAGACAGCUACAUCUCCAUGGUGACUUGGAUCAGCAGCACCCGGCUUGCUGUACGCUGGCUGAAUCGUGCCCAGAACCAAUCAGUGCUCUGCGUGUGCGAGGCCACCACGGGGGCAUGCUCAGAGAAACACAAAAUGACCAUGGACAUAAUGCAGAACCAGCGACAGGAUGUGCCAUUGUUUACAUCAGAUGGCUCUAUUUUUUAUACGAUACUGCCUGCAAAACAAGGCGCUCGUGGAGAGUUUCAUCACAUUGCAGGUCUUUCGGCCCAGCCUGCCAUCCCCUCUGUCCCCCCUCGCUUCUUGACAUCGGGGAGCUGGGACGUCACCUUGCUCUGCGCCUUAGACGAGAAGGCUGGAAAAAUCUAUUUCCUGAGCACAGAAGAUUCCAGACAGAGCCGACACCUGUACAGUGUGGACGUAAAUGGAGUGUUUCAGCGCCAGUGUAUCUCCUGUAACCUCAUUGAUGGAUGUCGUUUCUUCAAAGCUGUUUUCAGCCCAAAUCAAACAUAUUUCAUUCUCUACUGUUUGGGCCCAGGAAUCCCUAAAGUGACAGUUCACAGCACAAAGGACCCCUCCAGAUAUGUCACGUUGGAGGAUAACAGCCGUCUCUCUAAAGCUCUAGAGGACAAGAGGCUCCCUGAGACUCUGUUCAGGACACUUCCUGCAGACAACCAUGAUCUGCACCUGAAACUAUCUUUACCUCAGGGCUAUGAGUCCAACCUGCAUCCGCUACUCAUCAUUGUGGAUGGCAUUCCUGGUAGGCAGUCAGUGACGGAGGAAUUUGCCCUUGACUGGCCUCAGGUUCUCUGCAGCACAUACAAUGUGGCCUUGGCCUGGGUAGAUGGCAGGAGCGGGGUCGGGCGGGGACAGAAGACCACCACUGUGGAUCCACGGAAACUUGGCUCGCUGAGAGUCAAAGAUUAUCUGGGAGUUGCAGAGUUGUUGAUGCGACUCCCGUAUAUUGAUGAUCGUCGGAUGGCCCUGUAUGGAAAGGCCUUUGGUGGUUAUUUAACUCUCAAAAUGUUAGCUGCAACAGAUAACCUCUUCCAGUGCACGGCUGCUGUGGCACCAAUAACUGACUUCAGGCUUUAUAGUGCUGCCUUUUCAGAAAGGUAUCUUGGUCUUCCAGCAAAGGAGGAGCAUGCUUACUUGACUGCCUCUGUGCUGGAAGAUGUUAACAAGCUUAAGGAUGAGAACUUCCUAAUUCUACAUGGAACUGCAGAUGCUAGGGUACACUUCCAGCAUAGCGCUGAACUCCUGAACCGACUGGUGAAGUUUGAGGCAAACUACUCACUGCAGCUGUACCCAGAUGAAGGCCACAUCCUAAGAGAGCCCCGUAGCAUCCAGCACUUCCAGCGGACAGUGGUGAAUUACCUCCAAACCUGCCUGAAGCACUGCACCGUUCUUGAUUCCCUAGAGGAGGAAGAGGAGGAAGAUGACUGAGACCAGAGGACCCCCCUUUACUUCUUCUGAAAGGACUCUCAAGAGGACUCUAUGCUAUGUUACACUUUACCUUGGGUCAAGUUACCAGACACAAGAGCAAAGGAGUGGGGACCAAACAAAUAACUUCAUCUCCUGUAAUUUCUGGUAAAAUUAAUGUACUGUAUAAUGUGUUGCACACAAUUAUUUCGGCUAUUCUAAUUGUAUAUUUGAGGCCCGAUUUGUUUACAAAAUUCACAUGUGAUGAUGUGGUCUAGAAGGACAUUGAUUCUGCCAAAAGUUUACAAAGAUUUUAAAACAUGCAUGUCGUAAUGGCUGCAUGAUGUUGAUUCUUGCAUUUUGUCUGUUUUGCUGGUUUUAAAUCUCAUUCACAAGGUUUAAAAGUGCAAAAUCUAACAACAGCCGGGAACACACUUGUAAACUUUGAAAAAGACUCUGCCUUACACAUUGAAUUAUUGCAUUAAUGCCUGAAGUUUUCCAUACAAGUUUAUGAAUAAACCAGCCACAGUAUGACCUUCAGAAUGAGGUGUAUUCUAGUUUUACAAACCAAAUAUCUGGGACAGCUCUAAUGCAGUGGAUCUGAAUCCCAAAAUCUAAGGUACUAUACAAACUGUCUCUCUGUCCCUGGUGAUGUCAAUACAAAAUCAGAGCUAUUUUAGUAUUUUUAUAGUGUGUUCCCGGCUUAUAUGAAGUUUAAUGAUGCAUAAAGAUCAUUCUAAAUGUGCCAAAUACAUUUUGUGGACUUUAUCCACAUCAUUUCGUUUGCAUUGUGUGAUUAAUAAUUAGUAUGCAACUGAGACUAUUUAUAAAAUGCUCAAAUUCAAGAGUGAUUACAAGAACAUGUAGGCAUUUUUUGUGCUGUGUUUGGAUGUAACAUUUCUGUUUUGAUACAUCGUGGCAUUUUAACCAUGAAUUGUGUAUUGCAGAAUUAAAUAAUUUAUUUGGACAAACGGUUCUU